UGUAGCGCUGGCUCAAAAAUGGAGAGCGACACUACUGUCAGGAGACUAAAAUCCUUCGGGACGCAGAAUUAUGUAGCGCAAGAUAACGACGGUUCCCGAGACCGGUGCGGGAAUAACGGCUACAGCGGUGACCCGAAGAGGAAACCCGAAGUAAGCCUGUACCUGCUGCGGGAAGGGCUGGCAGCUUCCCUGGUGUCUGUUUUUAUUUUGGUGCUGUGGGGACUUGUUCAUUUGUCGUUACAGCAGCUCGUCAUCGGAAAGCCCACCGGCGAGUUCAACGCUGUGAGAGCCAGACGGCACUUGGAGCAUAUCACCAGCGUUGGCCCACGGCCAGUGGGAAGUCAAGAGAAUGAAGUCCUGACAGUUGGCUACUUGUUGGAGCAGAUUGAGAACAUCCGGGCCGAGACCGCAGCAGGCCCCCAUCAGCUCACGGUGGAUGUGCAGCGACCCACCGGCUCUUUCUCCAUCGACUUUCUUGGAGGCUUCACCAGCUUCUAUGACCGUGUCACCAACAUCGCGGUCAGGCUGGAGCCCAAAGGUGGCGCGCAGCAUCUCAUGCUCGCUAACUGCCACUUUGACACAGUGGCCAACAGUCCAGGUGCCAGUGACGAUGCAGUAAGCUGUGCAGUGAUGCUGGAAGUCCUCCAUUCUCUGGCCAAACAGUCCACUCCUCUUCACCAUGGAGUUAUCUUCCUCUUUAAUGGGGCAGAGGAAAAUAUCCUGCAGGCCAGUCAUGGUUUUAUUACCCAGCAUCCGUGGGCCAAGCAGGUGCGAGCCUUCAUUAACCUUGAGGCUGCAGGUGUUGGGGGCAAGGAGGUUGUUUUCCAGACAGGGCCAGAGAACCCGUGGCUGGUCCAGGCCUACGUCCACGCAGCCAAACACCCUUUCGCCUCUGUGGUUGGCCAGGAGGUCUUUCAGAGUGGUGUCAUCCCCUCUGACACUGACUUCCGCAUCUACAGGGACUUUGGUAACAUCCCAGGCAUUGAUCUGGCUUUCAUUGAAAACGGUUUCAUCUACCAUACGAAGUAUGACACUCCUGACAGGAUCCUGACAGACUCGAUACAGAGAGCUGGUGACAACAUCCUGGCAGUCUUGAAGUACCUGGUAAUGUCAGAGAAGUUGGCUGAUUCCUCAGAGUAUCGUCAUGGCAACAUGGUAUUUUUUGACCUGUUGGGGGUGGUUGUUGUGGCGUACCCCGCUCGCGUUGGCACCAUCCUCAACUACAUGGUAGCCACAGCCACGUUCCUCUACCUAGCCAAGAAAGCGUCACUGCCUGGCAAUGGGGGUGGCCGCUAUGUUCGAGAUCUGGCCUAUGCCACAGGCGUAGCAGUGCUGAGCUGGUUUGUCACCCUGCUGUCGGUGCUGAUCGUAGCUCUGCUCAUCACCCUGCUGGGCCGCUCCAUGUUUUGGUACAACCAUUUCUACGCCUCCGUCUGCCUGUACGGGGCUGCAGCCACCGGAAAGAUGAUCCUCAUCCACACCCUGGCCAAGAACCUUUACUACGGGGGCGUCCGACUGGUGGAGCUGGGUGAUCUCUACUUUGAUGUGAGCUUGCUUCUGUGGUGCUGCAGCCUGGUGUGGCUCACCCAGCAGGGCCUGUGUUCAGCCUACGUGCCCAUGCUAAUGGUGGCCUUCCCCCUGGCCACCAGACUGCUGCUAGCUAAGGAAUUUAAACACAAAGGAGCAUCAGUGAAGUACAGUGUGCUCUACCUCUUGGGCCUGGCAUUGCCAUAUGUCCACUUCAUGUUCCUCAUCUGGGUGGUGUUUGAGAUUUUCACCCCCAUCAUGGGUCGCAGUGGAACAGAGAUACCCCCUGAGGUGGUGCUCGCUUCCCUCGUCACCCUCGCGACCAUCUUCCUCUCCUCUUUUUUUCUACAUUUCAUCUACUUGGUACGGAGCACUAAGUGGAUCCUGGCUGGUCUUGGCUCAGUCUUCAUCAUCAUGUUCCUGCUGGUGUCCUGCGGUCUCUUCUUUCCUUAUUCAGGCAGUCCAGACAACCCUCGGCCUAAACGAGUCUUUCUGCAGCAUACGACAAGGACCUUCCACAAUCUCCAGGGCCAGGUGGAGAGCCGGGACUCGGGCCUUUGGAUAAACAGUUUUGACUACACAGGGAUACAGCACAUCACACCCAGCAUCCCUGAGAUCAACGACACUGUUCGCACUCGCUGCCGCGAGGACCGACCCUUCUGUGGUUACCCCUGGUUCCUGCCUGUGAAGUUCCUCAGCAGGAAGAACUGGUACCUAACUGCUCCAGAAGUGUCUCCCAGCUCUCCAGUGGAGUUCAGCCUUCUGUCCAAAGAGGAGACUAGCUGGGGGACAAUCAAGAUGACCUUCAGUGUGAAAGGCCCCAGCCACAUGUCUCUGUAUCUAAUGCCUCACCGAGGAGCCAGCCUCUCCACCUGGUCCUUCGGCGACGGGACGCCUCAGUUUGACCUGAGCGGAGAAUAUUUUGUCUUCUAUUCCCACGGCCUUGACGCCCCCACAUGGACCUUCUGGUUUGAAAUACAGCCUCCCAGGGACCCGGACCCAUCAGGCCCCGAGGGGAUGAUCUCUGUCGCCAUCUCCUCCCACUAUUUCUUCGGGGAAGACCAGAGGACUCCUCAGCUGGAGGAAAUCCUCCACAGGUUUCCUACAUGGGCUUUUCCUUCGUCCUGGGUCAGCACCUACGACAUGUACCGAUACUGAAGACUGCACACAUCAUGGAGGCUGAUGCUGAGGAGAGCUGAGGGCUGCGGGGAGGGGGGGCCCCCGAGACAGAGAGAAAAAAGCGAGGAAGAAUCAAGGAAAAGUACUGAGGACCGGCCCUGCCACCUUUUUCACUCUGACACAAACGCACACUCUAACAAACACAAACACACACACUCACACUCCCUCCCAGCCUGCCUGAGAGACCCCCAUCACUGUGUCAGUAGGCUUAGUAGCUAACCGAGCAGGAAGAUGUGCUGAGACAUGGCAGAGGUAAGCUGACCAGAGAGCUUACAGACUGAAUAACUCACCGACCAACACACCGGCCACCACAAGCCUCGUGCUCACUCCUGGGUUAGCGAAACAAAGGGGUUAAGAUUUUCUUUUUGUACUCAAUCUGUUGUGCCUUUGCUUUAGUCACUCCAUCUCACCCCCCCUCCCACCUGUGCCCCCCCCCCCCCCCCCCCCCGCUCACUUCCUCCCCUUUUUUCUUCCUCUCUCAUGCUAACACUCUUCCUGAAUGAAUAAUGUCGCAUGGCUACCUCUCCUGCUCUCUCUCUCUCUCUCCCUCUCUCUCUCUCUCUCUCUCUCUCUCUCUCUCUCUCUCUCUCUCUCUCUCUCUUUCUCUAUCCGUCAGCAAACUACUCAGUCCAUGUUCAGUCUAGACGUGUCUCUGGCUUCCUCUUCAAAAAUAACACCACUACCACUAUCUGCACUAUAGGUGUAGUAUCGUAUUUGAUGGAUCUGUUUUGGGGGGGAAACAAAGACCUGUUUUUGUUGGACCCCUCUUCUUGAACUGGAAACUUUGAGAGUCACUUUUCAUCAACAUGCACUUGUUAUGUUAGGUGCAGAUAGUUUUCAUAUUAGUUAAGUAAACUGUGAAAUUGCUCGUUAUUAAAGACCACUGAUUUGAAGCAAGUCGUAACUAUGUAUUUCAGAGGGGCACGCCACCCAGUAUGCAGAUGCAGAACACUGUGCCUGUUAAACACCUGGCUGAAAUCAAAAUGUCAAGGUCUUUUACGGGGUCUUAAAGGGUUCGGCCUGAUGUGUUGGGCUUGAUGAGACCAGAACUCAGACCAGAGGAAACACAGACAUGUGGCCAUGUAUAAAUGUCCUGUGAUUAUUCCCUGAACCUUGAGGGUGACUGGGUGGGAAACCAGCAAUGCAACUCCACACUUCAGUAACUGCAUCAGUGUCACUUGUCACAAAGUCUAUUUGUAUUUACUGUUACUGUAACAGUAUUUGUGCUUGUUUUCAGACUUGACUUCUUCACUGUGCUGCGAGUUGUCUCCAGCAGCACCAAUGAAUAUCUCUUAUUAUGAUCUUUUUUUUGCUACAAAAGAUGGUUUUCAGCUGGUUUUAGCUUCUCAAUCUGGAGGAUUUUCUGCUUUGUCAUAUAAUAGCAAAAGAAAUAUAUUUGGGUUUUGGAUUGUUGGUAGGACAAAUUUAUCCAAUUUAAAAAAAAGAAAUAUGGCUUUCCAAAUAAUUUUAUUCAGUUCAGUUUUUGGGUUUCCUGGAAGAAUCUCUACAGUUUGGUGCUAAUAUAGCAAACAGUGGCUGCGUUCACUUAUCUCAUAGUUAUUCAGCCCGUUCAUUUAAUUACCUUCUUCUCCACAGUUGUUCUGAAAUGUAUCUAAGAAUAUGAAAUUAUACAUCGGUUCUUCUGGAGACAGCUUAUAGUGGUAACUAUUGUCCACUCAUUUUUCUUCUUUUCUCAAGUGGAGCUGCAUCUUUACUGUUUAUAACCCAAGUAUCACAACUACAAACCACCUGGUAUGACCUGUUUUACACGAGUCCGCUUCACAUAGCGGACCCAAUAGAACACGUUACAGUCUGUGUCACCACUACCUCCGUAAUGAUCAAAACUGAAGUGUCCGACACCAUGAGAGUCUCCAGAGUUCUGGUUCUGAAUGUUAAUUGCUGGAAACAUUUAGCUAACCAAGGUUAACUAAUAUUAGAGAGACACAGAGAUUAUUGUUUGUCCGUGGGCUACCUCUGUUUUAUGCACACGAAGCCGGAGAUUAAUAGAUUGAUCUGUAGUGUUUCAAUAGGUGAAUGGCGUAGCUGUGCUGUCAAAGAAUCAGGACGACCGUCCCCUCCCUGCCUUCAGUCCUACACACUGAUGACAAAAAAAACAGUCGCAUAGCUGCUCGUUGGUUGUCCAGAUGUUUUGGCUCCGUCCACGUGUGAUCAAAUGUGGAAUCUGCUUGUUAAAAAAAAAAAAAAAAACCUUGGGAGAUUAUUUGCACUUAGGAGAUCAACUGAGAAAAAAGUGAUCGCCUUUCGUCCACUUUGUGUUACACCCAGUGACGUGUCCUUGUGAUCCAUGUUGUCUGUUCGGCUUCAGUCACCUAAAACAAGAAAUGUUGACAUGAAGGAGGCCUUAAAAGUUUUGCUUCCAAAGACGCACAAAAUGUUUACUGUUGUGGACACAAACGUCUCAGUGGUCUUAAAAGCUAUCAAGUGCCGCACCGUACAGCAUUUUUAUGUACGUGAGUUGUUGUCUGUCGGAAAGUUUAAACCUAGAAUCCAAUCACAGCCUUCAAGAGCGCCUGGCCGGUUGAAAACAGAUUGUCCUACUAUGCUCUUUCUUUUAUGCAUUUUGUUUGACACCUAAUGAGUUAAACAGAAAGUCACAGCUGAGUUAAAGCAAGCGAGUUGGUAAAUUAGGCAGAUGAUGAGGUAGAAAGUUAAUUCUUGACCUUGGAAACGGCAGUUGACAAAAACAACUCAGUGGCUGCUCUGGAGCUUUUUUUUUUCUGAGCUCCUUUUAAGACCUCUUGUCCGUGGUGGCUUAAAAGUUGAUAUUCAGAUGUGAAAGCUUGUUCUAGCUGUUUACACGGUGAACAACGACCUUUCAGUCUCAACUUUUAAGCCAAACCUUAAAGACCUUAGGGGAAAAACAGAAAUUUGAACAUCUACCGUUCCAAGACAACUCUGCAACCUACAUCUGCUGAGGAAUGUCAUGUAAUGUAACUGAAAGCUCCACAAAAGCUGCUGAGUGAGACAUAACGGUGAGACUGUUUUGGUCAAAAGCCAGAUAAUCUGAUCAGCUGACUGCAGUGUAAAGACACAUCCUUCAAAAAGCAAAAUAUCAAAUCAAUCAGAUACCCACUGUUAUGCAUUUCAAAUUGUUGGUCGAUAAGAUUUUUUUUCUAGAGUAGAGAUAUAGACAAAUAACACCAGUAUGGUCCUUUAAUACUUUUAAUAAUUUCUGCACCAGAUGUGCUGCUUUUUAUUUUGAGUGAUGUUACUACUGAGAGGCAGGAGUUGAUGGUUUGUCAGUGAACAGGAUGGUUGAUGGAGCAGUAGCUGAUGUGUUUUUCAGACAUGUCAGACUUUAAAGACGCUCUCCCAUCUUUUUUUCCCCCCCUUUGAUUUAACAUCAAAUGAGGAGACACCUGAAAAUACCAAGCUGACAUUAGAUUAAAGUCUUUACAGCUGAAAUAAACCAUGCAUUUGAGAAGGACCUCCAGCUAACACGCAUCUUCACCACUCUGUGUGUGAGCGUGUGUUUGUACAUGUGUGGCUGUACAGUGCAGCAGAUCAGAAACUUAGUUUAAGUGACAUAUGAUGGAUCUAUUCUGUUAUAUAGAAGGACUUACAGUUGAUAUGCAGAGUGUCUACGGGAGAAAAAGCUUUAUUAACAAAUGUAAAUGAAUAUUUUUCUAUAAAAAUCUGUUAAGUGAUGUAGUGUUUGAGAUUUGUUAGCGGCUGAAAAGAAAGUUACUGACCAUUUCAAGUUGUGGCAGAGAUGUGACCAUUUUACCUUGAUUUUUUUUUCUUUAUAGUUAUAACGUUAAAUGGGAUGAUAGCUGAUUAAUGACAGUAAGAACAUAGGAGGAACUGUGGGUUGGAGCAGGGAGAUGUUUGACGAAAACGCUGUGAAAUGGCUCAUUCCUGCACCGUUAGUUCUCCCUCUAAGACUAAAGAUCACAUGAAGCACUGCUAGACUGCUUAACAUUAAAAAAAAAUAAUAAAGUGAAUUUAAAUUGUCACGUUACGACAGAAUCUAAUGUAUUAAUGUAACUCAGUUUAGGCUGAGAGGCUGACCAAUCACUGCGCAGUGUUUUUUUGUUGUUGUUCAGUGUAAAGUCGCACUUGGACUUAGCUUUAUCUUCAUCACAUCUAACAGUCAGAUGCAUAAUUAACAGUCAUUCACACAAAUGUCCAUAUCAGCUUGAGAAAUCAACAGUUCAGCUGAAUACUGUUCUGGCAAACACGUUAAAAUGUCUUAAUGCCUUUUGUUAAAGGAUGUUCUUUUUUUUCUUUUUUUAAAGUAAAAUUUGUUAACAGAUUUGUUAUCGUUACCUGAGCUGUUUUUUUUCCCCCAGCAUCUUGAUUUUUCACACUUGCCUAUUUCAGUUCAGUUUUUAUUCUAUAAGUUAAAUUAAGUUUAGGUUUUUAAAUAAGACUGAUCACUUUGUUCAUCUUUUCUGUGAUUGAUGUGACACAUGAAAUAACUGUAACAGUUGCGUUUCUCCUUUGAACUGCUGUUUUGCUUUUUUAAAUUUUUUUUAAAAAAUGUAUAUUUGUCCACUAGUUGGAAUUAAGUGAUUGAUACGACUGUUGCGACUGGGGUUAUUGGGAUUGAUCUGGUUAACAGGGUAUCCAUCUAUUGAAUGGAUGGGAUGAUUUUACCUUAUGCAAGAAGCUUGAAUUUAAUUAGCAACUGUACAGCCAUUAAAAUGCUUGUUA